AUGGACCUGCUCGAGGUGCCACUCGACGCCAUCGCCUUCCGCCUCUACUCCCUCCCCGCGGCCGCGGCAGCAGCCAGAUCGGACUGGGCCUGCCUGGUCCUCCUCGCCGCCGCCGCCGCCGCCGCCGCCCUCGGCCUCUGGGGCAUCAGGGUUGUCGGCUCCAAACCCGACCCCCCGACCCCCACCUCUCCUCCUCCCCCUCCCGUGCCCAGCCUGCCCGUCUGCCCGCCCGAGUCGCUAACGCCGGUGGGGAAAGAGGCCGCUGCCGCUGCGUGGAGGGCGAGCUGUCACGUGGAGGAGGCCAGCACCCCGAAGUCUCGGUUCAUGGCGUACUACGCCGCCUCGACCGACAGUCUGUACGAGGACUGCGCCCGUGGCGACGGCUUGGGGGAGGGAGAGGAGGAGGACGUUGACAGCGUCAGCGACGUCGAUCGACGAGUGACGGCGCCUUGGAGCGGCGGUGUCUGCGGCUUGGAGUGGGCGGUCGUCCAAAGGAGGGGGGACUUGGGGUGGUACCGGUACCAGGACAUGACGGCGCUCGACGGCAGCGUGGUCAAGCUGUGGGACGGACGCGACGGCGGGUUGACGGCGACGGCCGGGAGGCGUUUGCGCCGGAGGCCGUAG